CUCGAAUGCUCAGACGCUGCAGUCUGAACUGAGCACGUCGUUUCUCUCCUCUCAACCUUUUUUGUUGUUGUUGUCGUUGUUCUCCAUCCUUGUUUUGCUCAUUGUUGUGCCUCAUGAAUGAAGCCUCGAUCGCCUGACUCGCCUGCGAAUCUGCUGCACGAGCUGCUCGUUGCGCGCGAGCUGAGCGCUCAGCCGUGCUAUGGCGCCUCGUCGCUGCUCCGUGCGUCACAGCGGCCCAUCGAAGUCCCUCCGCCCCAAGCACCACAGUCAUCGCAGGCACAGUCACAAGCACGGGCAACGGACGACGACCCGGCAUCCGAUUUGACAGGUCCAGCCAAACCCGCGACGCCGAAUGGCCUGCCGAGAACGUUCGUCCGCCUCCCGACGCUGACAAGAGCCCCGAGAGCACAGCAGCGUCAUGUGUAUCCGCCGGCACGAAACGCUGCGUGCUGCGCGCCGGUCCAGCACGCGACGAGCACUGCAAUGCUGGAGCGGCUUGGCGCAGUGACGAACGCCGGAUUGGUUGCGGCCGUUGCAUCGACUGCAAAGCGACUGGCAAAAACGUCAAGCAUUGCAACAACUAGUGCGAGUGCGCCUGGCACCACGGCUGCGGCGGGUGCGGAGUUGGCUGGCGCGAGUCAUCCGCCGCCAACGACGUUCAAUGCAAUGCAAUGGUGGACAUUGCCGGAUGCGCCUCCGCUGCUGCCAAAGAGCGUCACGUUUGUAUGCGAGCCUGUUCGAGACGAUCUCCUAGCUGUUCACGACGGACCGGUUGUCGCGCUCUUCCAGACGUCCGGGUCUUCUACCAAGGAUGUGCACUCGGUUACGUUCAGCCACAACGUGAGCUUGAUUGCACCGUGUUACGGAUGGGCCAACUCGCACCAGAUGGUUUGCACUGGCGAUCACGGCGAGUUGGUCAUUGCUGAUCUGCAGCAUUGUGCGAUUACCGCAGCUCCGCCAUUCAACGAUCUCCGCCACCCUUCGAUAUUUGUUGAUUGUCAAGUCAAUGAGCAGGCCACUGCAGUGUUAACUUCUUGCGCCGACAGCACACUUUGCAUGUUCGACCUACGCUCUUUUGAAGAAAUCUUGACCAUUCGACUGAAAAGAGGCCUCAUUUCGUCCGCUGCCAAGUUCGUGCCUGGGAGCGAUGAGCUGGUAGUGUGCACUGCCGGAUCGAGUGCGCUGUUAUUCGACAUUCGCAACCUUUCCGGACCCGUUUUGCAAUCACGCGACAGCUCGUCUGCACUGCCGCUCGCUACACUCACGAUGACGGAAGAAGCAUCGUUUGGACAGCGCCCUCCAUCUUCUCGACACGCCCGCACACACAGCAGCAGCAGCACAGAAAUGUCUCCAGAGGUUGGAGCAUUUGCAAGCCGAGGGCGAUCGCCUUCGCCCAAUUUCGCCAGCCCGAAUGCAGCAGCACACAGAUCGUGGUCGCCCUCAUCGAUGUCGCCAACCCGGUCGCCGCCAGCGCGCUCUCCAACUUUGUCUCCGUCGAAUUCCAACGACCACCUCUCAGCACUACCGACCGACGACAGGAGAUUUACGGCUUCGUGGCUCACAACUUCACGCACCGCCUCAAUGCCAGCCCCUCCAGGCGCGCACGUCGCGCCCUGCUCCCGUCAUAUCGGCGAGUUCUUCGACAUGAACCAGUCCACGGACGAGCAGUAUGACAAGGCACUCAAAAUGUACGUUCGACCGUUCACUGGCCACGAUCCACACGCUCAUAUUGAUGCAUUAAAUGUCUCACGCGACGGACGGUUUUUAAUCACUUCGACCGUGACGGGCGAGCACAAGGCCUGGAAUCUCUCGACCUGCAAAGGCUUGUUAACACUCCAACACCAGCACGCGUCGUCCUUUAGCGGAACUUCGUCCAUGCGAGGGCGCGACGAAAGAAGCGUCUGUCCGAUUCUCUCGCGCGACAACGGCCUGUUUGUUGCUGCCAAGACUGACAAUUCGCUCGAGUUUUGGGAUUCGUCCUUCCUGUUUGGGCACUCUGUCAAGACGGGCUGGAUGGAUGAUGGCUCACGCGAAAGCUUUCGAACUUCGAAUGUACUCGCGCCUCGAGUGGUGCACAUUCCAAACGCGGGCAAACGAAGCGCUCCCGUUGGACCCGCGGCCGCAACCCGCAGCAUCUCCAUUGCCCUCAAUCAUAACAGCACGCGCUUUGUCUGGUCGAACAACUCUGCGGGCGCCUUCCGAUGCUUUUCCCAAUCCGACCUCGAUUGGAAGACGGAGAGCUGAUCUUCUCCAGAACUCACACACUGAUUUCCCCACACUCUCACGGUGCUAUGCAUUUCCAGGAUUACUUGUACAAUACAUUCCGCAUUCGAAUGCGCCUCA